GGAGUGAGAGGGAGGGAGGGGGAUGAUUUAGGCUAUUAUGAAAGGAAGAUAUUAGACACAGAAAGAGAGAUCGUGUCGUACAGACGACACAUCCUUCUGCGACGGGUGUUGCGGUAGUCUAGCAAAACUCGGUCGAGAAAAGAAGCAUCUUGAAUCGGCGUCGCUGUUAUUGACGCAGGGCGUUAAAGCCGCGCAGCAUCCUUUCAGCAUCAGCAGCAUCACCGGAGGUGGGAGCGGAAGAUCGCAAGCACCUUCCCAUUCAUAUCAGUUCUUACAAAGGAGCCGACAGACCUUCAUCUCUCAUCAGGGGUGUGGUUGCAGCAGAAGGAUGAAGAGGCUGUGGUGUCUGUUGUCUAUCAGCUCUCUGGCUCUGAGCUAUGCAGUGGGUGGAGAUGUGUGUGUGUCAGGACACGACAGUGGGCCUGUGUUUGAAGAGCAGCCGUCUAGUCUGAUCUACCCAGAGGGGAUGCCAGAAGGCAAGGUCACCCUUAGCUGCCAGGCUCGCGCCAGCCCUGCUACUAUAUACCGGUGGCGUGUGAAUGGCACAGAAGUAGUUAUCGGAGAGGAUUCACACUAUACCCUGGUGGCGGGAAACCUUGUGAUUAACAACCCCCAACAUGGGCGAGAUGGAGGGUCAUACCAGUGUCUCGCCUUUAACCGCUGUGGCACCAUUGUUAGCCGUGUUGCUACCCUCAAAUUCGGCUACCUCCGUGAUUUCCCUCCUGAAAGCAGAAGUCCUCAGACAGUCCACGAAGGCACUGGAACCUUCCUUGCCUGCCAGCCACCGGCUCAUUACCCAGCUUUGUCCUACCGCUGGUUCAUCAACGAGUUUCCCAGCUUCAUUCAGCCGGAGGAUGGCAGAUGGUUUGUUUCCCAGGUGACUGGUAACUUGUACCUAGCCAAUGCCAGAGCCAAUGAUACGGGAAAUUAUUUCUGUUUUACUACCAUCAAUAUGGACAUCAGCACCAAGAGCAUCUUCAGCAAAGCCGUCCAGCUCACCGUUUACUCUGACGCAAACCCAAGGAAAUCUGCCCCAAACAUCCGAGUGCGUUUCCCUGCCGAGACUUACGCUUUAACAGGACACACCACACAGCUUGAAUGUUUUGCCUAUGGCAAUCCCAUUCCUAAGACUCGCUGGAGGAAGGUUGAUGGGGUCUUGCCGCCUAAGGUGGCCAUUGUAGACGGGCCCAUCCUGAUUAUUCCUGAACUGAACUUUGAGGAUGAGGGCAUGUAUGAAUGUGAGGUCUACAACUCUGAGGGCCGGGAAACACAUCAGGGACGCAUCUCUGUGCAGGCCCAGCCUGAGUGGCUCCAGGUAAUGAGCGACUCCGAGGUGGAGAUCAGUUCCGAACUGCAGUGGAGCUGCGCAGCCGCCGGCAAACCGAGACCCACCAUCCGCUGGCUGCGUAACGGACAGCCCCUCAGCACACAGGACCGUGUGGAAGUGAAUAAUGGCCGACUGAUGAUCGGUAACCUCGCCCUGGAUGAUUCGGGGAUGUAUCAGUGUGUGGCCGAAAACAAACAUGGCACCAUUUACUCGAACGCUGAGCUUCGUGUUCAAGUCCAGGCACCAGAUUUCAGGUUAAAUCCGGUUCGUAAGCUGCUCCCUUCGGCCCGUGGAGGACAGGUUAAAAUGGAGUGUAAACCUCGUGCAGCUCCUAAACCGACUCUCUUCUGGAGUCGUGGCACAGAACUGCUGACCAACAGCACCAGGAUAACAGUCACUCCAGAUGGGAUGCUGUGGAUCUAUAAUAUCAGUCGUGCUGAUGAGGGGAAGUACACCUGUUUUGCAGAGAACUACCUGGGCAAAGCCAACAGCACAGGACACCUGUCGGUCAGAGACGCCACAAAAAUCACACUAGCGCCCUCUAAUGCAGACAUCAAUAAGGGUGAAAAUGCCACCCUUCAAUGCCAUUCAUCACAUGACCCUACUAUGGAUCUCACCUUCACCUGGUCCAUCAAUGGGGUUCUGCUGGACCUGGAGGAACCUAAUGGACACUAUCGCCGCAUCGAAGGGAAAGAGACGAUCGGAGACCUGGUGAUAGUAAACGGACAGCUCAGUCACGCCGGCACAUAUACCUGCACGGCCCAGACGGUGGUGGACAGCGCGGUGGCUUCAGCCAGGCUGGUCGUAAGGGGUCCACCUGGCGCUCCUGGAGGGUUGGUGGUGACAAGUGUCAAUGACACAUCCAUUGAGUUAAGAUGGAGCCGUGGAUAUGACAACCACAGUCCCAUUGGCAAGUACGUCAUCAUGGGCCGCUCAGUGCACACUCAUGACUGGAAGAGGAUGAGGACAGACCCACUGAACAUUGAAGGAAAUGCUGAGUCUGCACGUGUGAUGGAUCUUCGACCCUGGAUGGAUUAUGAAUUCCUGGUCAUUGCCAGCAACAUCCUGGGUAGUGGAGAACCAAGCAUGCCUUGCCAGCCUGUCCGGACCAAGCAAGCAGCACCAACCGUGGCGCCCAGCGGACUUGGUGGAGGUGGUGGAAACCGUAAUGAACUCAUCAUUACGUGGACACCCAUGGCCAGAGAGUAUCAAAAUGGAGAUGGCUUUGGUUAUAUCCUGGCAUUCAGAAAGCAAGGUUUGCCAACUUGGACUGUGGUAAGGGUACCACAUGUCGAGUCUUCACGAUACGUCUACACCAAUGAGACUCUGUCAGCCUACUGCCCGUUUGAAGUCAGAAUCAAGGCCUACAACAAGAAAGGAGAGGGUCCUUUUAGCCAGAUUGCUGUAGUGCAUUCUGCAGAAGAGGAACCUACCACGUCCCCACGGAGAAUUAACGCCACUGCACUGACCGCAUUUGAGAUUCAGGUGUCCUGGGAGCCCAUUCAACAUUUGAGCAUUAAUGGAGUUCUUCGGGGUUAUGAGAUUCGUUACUGGCGGCAACAUGAACGGGAAGCCGCAGCGGAUCGUGUGCGAACAGCAGGACUUGAGACCACUGCACGGGUGACGGGCUUGAGGCCUAAUACUCUAUAUCACAUCAUUGUUCUGGCAUACAACAGUGCCGGCACCGGCCCACCCUCCCCUCGGACCACAGUCAUUACCAAGAAACCUCCCCCUAACCGUCCUCCUGGUAACAUCUCAUGGAAGGUGGAUGGAUCUUGGGUUACCGUGAGGUGGGAUCAUGUUAAAUCCAUGGACAAUGAGUCUGCUGUGCUGGGCUAUAAAGUCCUUUACAAGCAUGAAGGCCAGUCUGCUUUGAAGAUCCUGGACAAAGGCAAGACAUCCAUCAAUCUUCCUUUACCUAAGGACAAUGGUUAUGUGGUUCUUGAGAUCCGCUCAUGGGGAGAUGGUGGAGACGGAGCAGCUCAUGAGACCAUUGUGUCUCGAGACUCAGGAACUGGAAUGAUGGUCCAGAACACGGCCGGCACUUCAGAUCCUCUCUCGACAACAAUUUUGAUAUUAACUGCACUGCCGCUCAUUCUCAUUGGCUCAUCGGGACUGUGAUUUUAGCCAAUGAAAAUUCGUAUUAAUAUCACAAAGAUAUUUGAGCAGGUUUUCCUUUACAGGGACAGGGCUGUGGUAUUUUUUGGAAGGAAUUUUUUGCAAUGCUUAAGUAGCGCGGUAAAGUUGUGGAAAUGUUGAAGAUAUUCAUUUUAUUCUUUUGUAUGAAAGGCUUUUGUACAAGGAUGAUUGGCCAUUUUAGAAUAAUCAAAAAGUCUUCCACAAAGACUCUUUUGAGUGUUAUACAUUUUAUCAACAGAUGCUUGCCUUACGGAAAUUCAGACUUGAAUAAUGGUUAAAUCUGUAAACAACAGCUCUCACAAGUUAAUAUGUAUUGGUGGAAAUUUGUACGAAGUAAAACAAAAUCUUGUUUGUUGUUUCAUGGCAGCAUGACUACAAAAGGAUCCAAAUGAAUUUGUACCUUUUUUUAAGCAAUGUAUUUAAAGGCAAGAGCUGACCAUUAUUUUUUUCUGAACAAUGUUUCAUACUAUCUGUGUUGACCUGAGAAUGAUCGUAGCGUUCUGCCUCUCCCUUGUGUGCUACAUUUAAAGAUGAAAGGUCUUAAUGAAUGCAGCGGUACAACAGAAGCUGAUUGUCUUGUUGUUAAAGUGGGUUUGGCUUGCCAGCGUUAUCACCCUGUUAUCACGCUCUUUAUUAUUGCCAUUAUGCUUUGUCUGUUUUUUCAAAAAAAUGAUGUUCAUUGGUUAUUUACUUUCUUGGCGCAAAUCUACCAUUAAAAGAACAUGUCGCUGGACAUUGAACAAUGCUGAUGAUAACAUUUAUGGACAAAAAAGUUAAUGAUUAUUCAACUAUAUUAAUGAGGUGUUGUUUAAAUCCCUGCAAGGACACGUGAAGCCAUUUGUUGGUUAAAAACCAAGGUUGUUGUAUUAGUUGCGUUUUUUAUAUUUAUUUAUUUUACGACUAAAUUAGUAAUUUAAGAAGUCAAUUGUUAUGUAUGUUGCUCAAUACAGUGCCAGGAACAGCCUAAAAAACACUCUCAUUUUGUGUUAAAUAAAUAAAAGGGACAACACAAGGUUGAAUUAAAAGUAACAUAAAAUGUUGUCCAUAACGAGGCACACAGAUGAGAUGUGUUUGGUUAAAGACAGAUUGUGUUGUUUUUAAAGUGAUGUAGUACACACUAAGAUAGACUUGAAGUGUGCACUGUUUUUUACUCAUUGAGGAUCAGGGCAGCUAAAGAAAAUGAAUUCGUUUCUUAUGGUAAACCCCUGAUAUUUAUAUCAGAAAGGGUCUUGUGGUAUUAAAGUUGUUGCUGUAAAUAAGUGUGUGAGGAGUGAGUGAAGGUUUGCUUUGCCUUAUUGUACCGUGACAUUAUUUAUUAAUUCUGAGUCUUUUACUUUGCAUACUUAUUUUACUUUGCAUUUUUUACUGUAAAUUGUUUCAUGAUCACUCGAUGAUAAAAAUAGCUUCAUUAUUUGCUCUUUAGUGGUUCUAGGAGCAACCCUGGGACCAGCCGGGCGAAUUCUCCACUUUCCCAUCACGAAUUAUGAUGUAUUAUUGUGAGAAUGUAGAAGUAUUGAGAAGUCACGUUAGGACUGCAAAACCAAAACUUUUGUACUUUUUUUUUAAAAGAAAUUUGUAAUGACGUUAUGUGUGCACUGUGUAAAAAUCCCAUAAGUAUCUUUUCUUUCAAUUCUGAAAUCAUUCUGCUGUUUUUCACAUUGUGUGAGGUUUUCUCUCUCUCGUUCAUUCAGAGCUCCAUCACCAGGCUUCAUUGCUCAAAGCUCAAUGUUAAUAGCUGUUAAACUGGUCUGUGAUUUGGAUCAUCUGAUUUUACAACAUUUUCCAAAAAGGCUGUAUGUGAGUGGUACGCAAGUAGUUUUACUUUGAAGGUCUCUCAGGUUGUGAUGUCAGCGAGUCUCUUUGAACUACCAUGUACCCCGGCUGUUGUAAAUGUUGAGCCUGUCAGCUGUGGACUGAAUGUGAAUAAUGCAGCACUUGUAAAUAUUCUUCAAUAAAAACCUUUUGACUAUUUG